AUGGUUUCUGAGGAAGAUCGUUCAGAUCAUGCAAGUGGACAAAGCGAGAUCGUCAAAGAAGUCUUAAAUAGUAUAUUGGAUGAAGUAUCAGAUGAAACAGAGGUGUGUUUUGAUAUAUAUGGAGUGCGAAGUGUCAAGUCUAUAGCUUCUAUAGCAUCGACUGAUGUAGGUGAUCUCUCGGCACUAAGUGAUGAUGAUUCAGUGUGUUUAGAACCCAUCCAAUCAGAUCCUGACUCUGAUGUUGAGUUCUCGAGAUACUUAGAACAAACUGCCAAAUACCGCAAAAAGCUUUUCAUUCAUGAACACGCGACUCAUUUGGAGAACAAAAGGAGUCGCCAACAACAUCAUUUGAAGCAAACUAACAUGGAAGAUGAGUACGAAACAGUUCCAAACUUUGCCGGGUUGAGCAUCAACUGUCCAGAGGAGUUUCCACUAGCGAAAGUUGGGAAAAUUGAAAAUAUUGUUGGUUGUAUAGCUGUGAUCUCUUCCACGAUUAAAGUGACCCUGGAUUUAGGAACAAUACUCUUCGAUGAGACAAAAAAAAUGUUGGGCGAAGUUGUUGAUGUUGUCGGUACUGUUAAGGAACCGUUGUAUUGUAUGAAACUGCCGGAGGAGAAACUAACAGUUGGAACUGAAGUAUUUUUUGCUCCAAGCGUGGAAACAUUAACCAAAACUAUUCUGGAUGCUAACCUGACGACGCCAUGGCAAGUUAGAGAAAAGCAGAGUGAUGAAGAAGACGCGGUAUUCAGUGAUGACGAAAAGGAAAAAGAAUAUUAUCAGAAAAAGAAGAAGAAUACAACGAAUGUUAAUAACCAACGAAAACGAGGAAACACUGGAACGAAAGUACGGUUCGCGACUCAAAACAAAGAGAAAGGAGAAGGAUCGAACUGGAAUUGGAAUCAGAAGGGGUCAAAGAAGUAUUCGCAGUAUGAAUAUCCAGCUGAAAUUGAUAUCGAAAAGCCAAACUUAUCAGGGGUACCCCCGUUGAACACACAAAAGCCUCAAGAAGCAGAGAAACGAUUUUCUUACUUGAAAGCUAACCGAAAACCAAACUCUACAGUCGUACCUAAUAACCCUUACCCAGAAUUAGGCUGUUAUGACGAAUUCCUCCGUCAAUAA